ACAACAAAAUUAAGGGGUCGGGAGCUAGCUAGACGAAGCUAGCCGCUCGGGAAGCCGAGGCUCUGGGAGUCUCAGCAGGAGAGGGAGGGUGACGGAAGCAGCUGGGAUCAACAGCUAGCUUGGCUGCUGAAACAUUUUUAAGCAGCAGUGAGUGGAGGGCAGAAUUAACAAGACUUUAAAAAACAUUUUGCCCGUUUAAGGGAAAAGCUGCAAAAAAGGAGGUCCAUUAAUGGAUCGGGAAAAAUUGCUGGACAAAGUGAAAAAAGACAUUCGGGCUAUGCUCAUAUCUGCACCCCUCGGGGUGCCCGCCCACAUCUUUGCCAAAGACUAUAGGCAGAUGAAUGGGAAAGAGAUCCCACUACGCGAGCUUGGGUAUCGGCAAGUGGAUACGUUUGUCUUCUCCAUUCCCGAUGUCGUGCGGAUCGGAACGGGCCCGACUGGACUGGUUACGUUUUACCCCGUCGCCACCAAAGAGACUCAGCACAUAGUGAACAUGAUAAAGAAGCAGAGGAAGCCGUCGAUAAAGAAAGCCGUUAUUCCGUCGGCCAUUGUGUCGAGAAAGACUCCGGUUAAGAUGACGUCGUUUUCGCGAAGAGGUGGCCACGGCGCUCGAUUCACUCCUCGUGGUGGCAUGGGUGGCAACAGGCACCAAGCCAAGUAUCAUAAUCAACCUCGUUCUUAUAGCCAACCAGGUACAUAUCCUAACGUUCCACCGAGAUUGCAGAAGCAUCAUCACUCGGCCACCUACAACCACCCGUUCUCUGGACCACCUGUAUAUUCCUCAAACGUCUCUCGUGGUUCUUCCAGACCACACCCGGGCGUGGCGGCUGCGACGUUGCAGCCGGGCGGAGGGGCAACGAGACCCAGACUGAACUCUGUACCAGAGAACAGUGGAAAUAGACUCCACCCUCAACACACCCUGACCAGUCUGCUGCCUUCGGCCAAGGGUAAACAGCAGGUUUGGUCUUCUCCUCACUUCUCCUCUUCCUCCUCCUCCUCUGCCCCAGUAACCAGUGCUAAUGCUGGACUGGGACGAGGCAAUAAUAGCAGCGGAGGAGGUAGCGGAGGUCUGAGUGACUUGUGGAAAGACGAGUUCCGUACUGCCCGUCACAUGACCAUUGAGGAGAUGAACACCUGGGCCCACGCACCAACGCCCAUAUCUGGCACCGUGUGUCUGGAGGGAGUAGCUAGUCGCCAGAGAGAGGACAUGUACAUGGAGAAGAAGGUGUUAAAGAUUCUUCUUAGCACCAGGAAGGGGAGGACGGCCGAUGGCUGGGCUCAGGCGGUCCAGCUUCACUUUAUGCUCCCCACUGGAACCUCUCGACCCAUCGAGAGCCAUAUGAUGUGCCAGAGGGUGUAAAGUUGAAGGUCUAUGGUAAACCAUUUGCCGCUUUCAUAAAGGCAAAGGACAAGCUCGAGCCGGCUAUGAGGGUUCUCUACUAUGAGAGAGUAUCUGAAGGCAGCAGUAACAGCAGUGGUAGCAGUGCCCACAACUCCCCUCAAGAGUCACGCUCCACCACACCAAAGAUGGGGGCAGAUGUAACUGGGCUGGAAGAAAAUAUCUUUAAGUUGUUGAUGAAGUUUGAGAAGGGUACGUAUGCCAAGAGGCUGGGGAAAGUCUACCAGAAUGAGUUCAAGGUGGCUCCUCCCGAUGACCUACUGGAGAAGGCCAGGAACUUCCCCUUCGUCAUUAUAGAAACGUUUUCCGCGGAUAAUGAGAUAAUGUACCUGAAGAAGGAGUAUAGGAAACGAGGUUCGCUCCAACCGGUUCAGCCUUCUGCCCCGCCCACCACUCGUCCCGCUCUGCCUGAGACGGCGACAUUUGAGCAUCCAGACACUCUUUACGAGGUGUUUGUGUGUCUGGUAAACAGCCCCUUCAGUUUCUAUGUACAGAUCAGGGACGGAGAGGGGGGCAAAGAGCGGGCGAAAUUCACCGAAAUGGAAAAAAAAUGAACAAAUAUUUAAGUAAAAACCCUGCAAAAGCUGUGGCAGUGAAGGAGAGUGACCUUUGUGCCUGUCUGUGGAGUGACGGGGAGGAGGGGCAGUGGUGCAGGGCCCUGAUACUCAGUGUACACGACUCUAUGGCAAAUGUCUUGUUUCCAGACUAUGGAAACCAGGAGCGUGUGGCCGUCAGCGAACUCUGCACCCUACCCUCACAGUUCUAUCAGUUGCCUUUUCAAGCCAUCCACUGCAGUCUGCACGGUGUGUUGAGGGAGGAAAAGAUGACGGGUCCCGAGGUCGACGACUUCUUUGCUGAUCUGGCGGCGGACAAGAUAUGUGCCCUCCAAGUGGUGGACUGUUCUGGGGCCAGAGCAUCUGUGGAGAUCCUGGACACAGAACUGGAUGAUGAUGAGACUAUCAACAGUAAACUUAUAACAAACUUUCAUCCCAUCGCAUCCCUGUCUCCCCAGCUACCGGAACCUGGAGAGCCGAUGGUGGCUGUAAAACUAGCAGACGUGGAUGAGCACGGUCAGCUAUCGAUACAAGUAGUGGGCCCCGGUCUCACCAAGCUGGAGGAACUAGCUAAUCAGAUCGAGGAGAGAUAUUCAAACGUCAGCAGAGUGUGGGAAAUCAAGGUGGUGGUGGGCGGGGUCUACUGUUCAGAGUAUAGACUGGACCACUCGUGGUACAGAGUUAAGGUCCUGAAACAACUGCCACAACAGAAGGUGUUGGUGGAAUAUGUGGACUAUGGUAACGAGGAGGAAGUGGACAACACAUGUCUGAGGCCCAAGUUGGACACUGCUCUCUUCUCUCUUCCUCCUCAGAUAGUCAAGUGCACCAUGGCCGGAAUUCCUAAGGGUCCAUGGACCAGUGAUGCAAUAGACUUUCUUGCACCUUAUAUCCAAGUCGAUGAACUGAAUUUAGAGGUGGUAGACUAUUGUGUAAAGGUGGGAGGUGGCACAUCCCUGACUUUCCCUGUGAUCAAACUGCACGUGAAGAACAGCGAGCAGGAGAUGGUGUGUAUCAACGAUGACAUGCUCAGCCGUCCUGGACUCUUUGGGUCGUCGGGGAGGGAGUCCCUCCCAUCACACCAGCAGACGAGCACAGUUAGAGCCUCCAGCUCUGUCUCGAGUGCCGAGCAGCUCACCGACCGUCGUCACGGAGUGGCAGCUGCUCAUCCGAGAAGUCACAGCGUCUCCUCGGUCCCUGUUUUCGGCAACGUUUCAACCGAGACCGUAUCCGACGCAGUUUUUGUCGGUACUCAAUCCCAGGCUCCCAGCAUAACGGAGACCUUCUCCAACGGUACCAGCACACACCACCCUCAGAAUAAUCCUGAUUCCAAAAAGACCACCGAGUCGAAGACUGGCGGUAAACCGUGCACUGGUGUCCAGAUGUACACUCUUCAGGUGAAAGAUGACAGUUUUGAGUCUUCCUCCAUAAGCACUCUCAACGAGACAAGCGGUAGUAGUAACACGGAGUCUGACAGAUCUGAACAAGGCUCCCCUCAAUUCCAGCAGCCGGUGACUGUGCCUGUUGGGAGAGGAGGAGGCGGCAAGAUGGAGCUCGUGCACUCGCCAAAGGAGUGUAUUAGGGAUGGGGUUCCGUAUGUGGCGUCUCCCGAAGAGGCCGACUCUGCGGCAGUGAAAUCUGGUCAUCUGGUACCCUCCCCCUCCUCGUCUGCCCCCCUCAUUACAUCUAGUCCUCCUUUCUCACCAUCCGUAAUACCCACAACACCUCCAAUGUCGCCUCCCCCCAUCUCUCUGGCACCGUCAGCUGACGAUAACAGUGGGAGGACCGAACAUGGGGAUGGGGGUGUGGUGGUAAUUAACCACUGGGCGGAGUUACCGAGGGGGAGGCCAGUGGAGGUGGAAAUCACCUGGUCUUGCUCUCCCACCAACUUUACUUUGCUGCUGCUGUCCAACAAGCCAGAGCUUGACUCUGUGACCGGCCGGCUGCAGAAGCUGGUACUCUUGGAGCCACACCCACCACAGGGCUCCCUGUCUCCAGGGUAUGUGUGUGCUGCCAGGUACAGUCUGGACUCCAUGUGGUACCGGGCGUCGUCAGACAAACCUUCGAAACACAGAUUGAGGUGGAGUUUAUAG